AUGUUGUUCAUUCUGUUGUUUGUAUUCGAUUUGACAUUUGGCCAACCAGAAAAACCAACCAAAAAACAAGAAUUUCCAGCGUUGAAACCAUUAGAAGAAGCACUUCCUCCUUCUGAAGAAGAAGAUGGGUUUACAGUUGUUACUUCAAAGAAAUCAAAAUCGAAAAAGAAAGCUGCGACUCAACAAACUUCAACACAAGCGAAACAAAAACAACCAGAGCGAAGGGGUUCACAACAACAACCCGUGGUAAGACCAAAAGAAACAUCACCUCCUCAAACAACACAAGUUCAGAAAGAAAGUAGAAAAGAAGUUCAACCAGCAGCAGUUCGUCCAAAAACAGUUGUACCACAACCACAAACCUCUGAACAAAAAGUUGUUCGUCCAAAAAUUCCACCAAUUCAACAACCCGGAGAAUUACCUCGUUUCGAAAAAAGAGAAAGAUGGGAUACAACAGCUUAUCGAGAAAGACGACGACUUGAAGGGAUUAGUCGACAAGAAUUGUUUCCUGAAAGCGCACCUUUCAUAUACAAAGGAAAAGGUGAUGAAGCGUUAAAAAAAGCCAAAGAGGAAAAACAAAGAACCAAACAAACUCUUCCUGUUACGCCAAUAACGCAAGUAACGCCAAUACCAUUCCCUUCUCAAGGUGGUUUACUUCCUUCAACUAUUGUUAUUCUUCAGAAUUAUGAUUUAUGUAGAAAAUACAAAUAUAUGAAGAAACCUGUCUACUUGUUUGUUUUCGUGCAGUAUUGGCCAGGUGACAAAUGUGACAGAGAGAUGUGUUCAUUACCUAAAAGUACAGAAAUGGUGAAAGAGGGAUUUUGGCUACAUGGGUUUUGGCCUCAAUAUUAUACCAACAACAGAGUAUUUUUGUGUUGCAUUUAUCCACGUUCCGAUCUAGAAAUAGAAAAACAAAUGAUGGACAACAAACCUUUAUUACAACAAAUUAGAAACAAGUGGAUGUCGGUUGAUAGGUGUCGAUUUGCAAUAUAUCAAUGGGAUAAACACGGAACGUGUUCCCAAAGAGUAUAUCCUGGAUACAAUGGACCAAUGGAUUAUAUGUACAUGGCACUCAAUUUAUAUGACAGACAUGAUAUAUGGAAAAUAUUACAAGAGAGUGAUUUGAAAGUCGAAACAGAAAAAUUCUACAAUAUAAAAGAUUUGAGAAAAGUUAUUCAGGGGGUAUAUAAAACUGAUAUUGUUUUUCAUUGUAUCGAAAAAGAGUACAUACACGAUUUCAGAGUUUGUUUUAAUGUUGAGCAAGAUCCUUUCAACCCAGGACCAGCAGAAUGUCCUGAUAAAUAUUUCACUAGAGAAAAGAACAAAUGCGAACAAAUGGUGAAACUGAAAAAAUUUCCAUUUCAUUUACUUGACCCAAAAACUGCACCAAGAAACAAUUGUGAGUAUUAA